UUUAACAGGAAAAAAACAGAAAAAGUCUUAAAAACCGGAGUCAACUCAAAGCGAAGCAUAGUUUCAACGGUAACUGAAAAUUGGGGGUUUACUGUUUUAAUACAAAUUCGCACCAAAAAUUGUUUAGCUUUCUCCUCAAUCUUCCGCCCAGAAAGAGGUGAAAUUUAUGAUAAGGCUAUUGCUAAUUGAGCUUGGCUUGUUUAGCUUUCUAUCGUAGCAAUGGCAAAACUGCUACACAUGGAUUCCAGAUGUGCAGCUAGCAUGCGUUUGUCAGAGCAGCCAGGUUCGUCUGCACGCAAGUGGUACUUCAGCAGGGAAGAAAUCGAGAAUUAUUCUCCGUCUAGGAAGGAUGGAAUUGACCUUGGGAGAGAGGAGCAGUUGCGGAAGUCAUAUUGUUCGUUUAUUCAAGAACUUGGCAUGAAGCUUAAAGUGCCUCAAGUGGCAAUAGCAUGCGCAAUGAUGCUGUGCCACCGGUUUUACAUGCGUCAAUCUCAUGCAAAGAAUGAUUGGCAGACUAUUGCAACUGUUAGCACAUUUCUUGCUUGCAAAAUUGAGGAAACACCACGCUUGCUGCGGGAUGUUAUUGUUGUAGCCUAUGAAAUUAUCUAUAAACGGGACCCUUCUGCUCCAGGAAGAAUCAGACAGAGAGAAGUUUUUGAUAAGCAGAAGGAAUUGAUCUUAACUGGGGAGAGGCUUUUGUUGGCAACAAUUGCAUUUGAUCUUGAUAUCCAACUCCCUUACAAACCCCUUGUUGCAGCUGUGAAGAGAUUGGAAAUUUUUCCUAACCUUUUAAAAGUGGCAUGGAAUUUUGUGAAUGAUUGGCUUCGUACAACCUUGUGCCUGCAAUACAAACCCCAUUACAUUGCAGCUGGUUCCAUGUGUCUUGCUGCCAAAUUUCAAAAAGUAAAGCUGCCAAUGGAGAAGGGGAAAGUAUGGUGGUUGGAAUUUGAUAUUUCGCCUAAACAAUUACAAGAGGUCACCCAGCAGAUGGUCAGGCUGUUAGAGCGUGACAAAGAACGAGCUUUAUCAUCAAGACAUGAGAGGGCUGGCCAAUCUGUUGCUUUAGCUGGAAAGGCAAUUAUCAGUGGCACACAAUCUAGCACUUUGGCUGCAUCACAUGCCAAGGAUCAGUCUGGUACUGGAGCUGAGAAUAGCAAACUUAGCAAAUCUCUGGACAGUUGCAUCAGGGAUGUUAGUAUGAAAGAAGUUUUACCACAUCAGAGAAGUGAUAGUGGUGCAAGUAGUGUUGUUGAGGAUGGCACUGAUAAGGAUCAGCAAAGAACACAGGUGUCUGACCUGAACUCAAGUUUUAAGAUUGUUUCAUCUCAGGUCUGUGGCGACAAUGAAGUCAGUGCCAAAGAAAAUGUACCAUGUCAAACCAGUGAUAGUGGUGCAAGUACAGUUGUUGACAAUGGUGAAGGCGAGUGUGAGCUAAGAACAGAAGAAUCUGAUCUGAACCCAAGCUUUAAGAUUGUUUCAGUUCAUAAUACCUUUAGCAAGAGUGAUGCUGACCAGUUUAGAGAGACCUUGAAGAGGAGGAGAUGUGAUAGGGCUGCCAAUCGGAAGUGUGUUGGAGGCAUAGAAGAUGAGGCAGACAGUGAAGCAACUGAGGAAUCUGACCGAAGCUUUAAGAUUGUUUCAGUUCGUAAUACCUUUAGUAAGAAUGAUGCUAACCGGAUUAGAGAGACCUUGAAGAGGAGAAGAUGUGAUAGAGCUGCAAAUCGGAAGUAUGUCCGAGGCAUAGAUGACGAGACAAACAGUGAAGCCUGGAUAGAGAGAGAGCUGGAGAAUGGAAUAGAGCUGGAACCUACCUCUUCCCAUAAGCAAAGAAGGGCCUAAAUACUCACUAACCAGCCAUCUUCCUUCUGACUUACUCCAUCAAAAUGACCUUCCAUUGGCACAUUUAUAGCAUUACAAGAAAGACUAUGAAUUCUAUUCCAUUCUUGGAACGACUAUACUAUUUCCACUUUGUUGUAUACAGUAGAAUUAUCCCAACAUCUUUGCAGUAGGUUGAAUUCAUGUUUUAGAUCAUUGAUGCCAGAAUUGCAACCAUUCUUUCACUAUGAAUUGUAAAUGUACAGUUGAACUAUAAUUUAUUAGGAAAAAUAUUCAUUUUUGGUCA